AUGGAUAAAACAUUUCGUAAGGCAGCAGAUAUUAUAUGCGAAUAUAUUAACGAAAGGAGCGAAGACAUAGAAGAUCCACUGCGGUUUGCGAAUGAUGUGUUGUCGUACUACAUCAUAAACGCGGAAAACGAGAGCAUUGUUGGCUUUUCAGAGAGCAUUUUCAGAGAGACCAUUGUAGAUCUUCUCUCCACCGAUGCAGCCGAAGAAAGCGACAUAGAGGUUAUGGCGCAAAUACCAGUGUCGUGCAUCGACUACGACAGCCCCUUCCAGAGAAAAAGAAGAGGAAGCGUGAGCGCCUCUGGAAAUCCCUUUGCGCAGGUGGAGGAGCAUCCUAAGGACAAAAGUGUCUCGGAAAUGCUUCUGAAUAUUCUGAAAAAUACGCGAGUUAUAGCCCAGACGAUGGACACCGAGCAGAUGGAAAAACUCGUAGCAACAAUGUACGUGCAGCCGGUCAAGAGCGGGGAAGAGCUUAUAAAGCAGGACGAGUACGGAAAAACAAUGUAUCUGAUAGAAAGCGGAGAGUUCCAGAUCUGGAAGAACGGAAAGCUAAGAGCAACGCUUCGAGAAAACUCUCUUUUUGGAGAAAUAUCUCUUUUGUACAGCUGUCCCAGAACCGCAAGUGUUCUCUGCACGAUAGAUGCACAGGUUUGGGUCGUAACUUCAGACGCGUACACUUCGAUUCUUAUGGUGCAGCAGAGAAAAAACAGAGAGCUUAUAUGCGCAUUUCUUGAAAAGAAUAAAAAGUAUGUAAAUCUAUCGGCUAAAGAGAAGGAAAGAGUCCUGCAGUCCGUGCACAUACUGCACUUCUCAAAAGACGAUGCAGUAACGGUCUCAGAUCCCGGCAUAUUUCUUGUUUUGGAAGUGAGCGCAUCUGAGAAAGAGGCGAACAAAGGCGGAAACGCCGUGUAUUCUGAAAGAAUUGUGCCUGGAAAAACCAUACCCAGCGGAACUGUCUGCAGGUCUGAUACAACUGUUCUUUUUAUUCCGGACUUUAUAAAUGCUAUAAUUGACGGAAAAGACAAAAAAGUACAGUUUAACAGCAUUAAGUAA